AUGGAAUUGUACGGAGAACUCUACGACUGUGAAGAGUUGCUGGACGAGUACAACGCGGAGUACGAGGAUGCAGAACGUCACUGGGGGGGAGGUCACAUGAAUGAGGAUACCACCGCCCAGUGUGCAGAGAACGAAGCCCACGUGAAAAACAUAGAAGUAGACAUAAAGAGCAACCAGAAAAAUGUGUCGACUCAGUACCUAUUCCUUUACAUCAAUACGUUUAAGCAGAAAAAUAUUAAAAGUGAGAAGACGCUCUAUGUGGUAAACUUCUACGACGUGCACAUGAAGAACGACGAUAAGAAUGUGCUGGACACGGAGAAGGACAUAGUGGAGUAUUGCUUGGAAAACGUCUCGAGGGGAAAGAGGAGGGACAGAGGGGGUCACGAUGGUGAUUCGAAUGGGGAUGUAGAUAGCGAUCGUGCUUCUGACCGUGAUGACGAUGCCGGGUCGACCAGCCAGCGGGCCAGCAAGUACUACCUCUUUAAGAUCUACGAAACGAUCUUGAAGUACUUCCCAUUCAGCUUCAAACUUUGGUAUCACUACCUAAAAGAUCGCAUAGAACUGCUGAGCCGAAUUUACUAUGACGAGAAGGAGGAAUAUGAAGACGUAAAUCGAGUGUUUGACCAAUGCCUUCUCUAUAUGUACCACUUCAAAGCCAUCUACAUUCUGUACAUACAAUUUCUGUUCCUGCAAAGGAAGGUGCAAAAGAUAAGGCUCAUCUUUAAUCUUGCCUUACAAAAUAUCAGCCUGAAUCAGCAUGAAGACCUCUGGGAGUAUCAGCUAAAAUACAGUAACAAAAUAAAAAACAAGCUAAUUAACUAUGAGUAUAUUAAACGGUUUGUUACGAUUUAUCCGGAGAAUAUUGUCUACCUUUUUAAUCAUUAUGUCAAGUACAAAAUGUGCAAGCAUGCUCUGAAUACAUUCUUUUAUAUGAUCAGUUGUGAUGAGGAGGAGAAUCUCCAAUUGGGAGAUAAAUCCAUCUACGAUUUAUACAAAGAGAUGUUUCAGCUCAUCAGUUCACGUAAGAUAUUGGAGAACGACGUGUUGGUAACACUGAGGAAAAACUUCCACAUUUUUAAGCGGUAUGAAAAUGUCACGUCGAUUUAUACGCUGUUGGCCAAUAGCUUCGUGUAUGAGGGUCGUUGGAAUAAGGCCAUGGAUGCCUAUGAGGAGGGCAUCUUGGAGUGCUACACGGUCAACGAUUUUGCGGUGCUCUUCGAGGGCUACAUCGAGACGAUGAAGAUACUCAUCGAGUUGAAGAUGCGGACGGGGGAAGGGAAAGAAGCGGGAAGUGGUAUAGAGGAAGGAAGCGAAGAUCGAAGUGAUAGCGGGGAGGGAGACGAAGCUCGAAGUGGGCCCCCCCUCGGAGAAGACACCAUGGUGGACCUCUACAUGGACAAAAUAAACUACCUUCUGGACAAGCGCAAAGUGUUCAUAGCGGACAUCAAGCUGAAAAAUAACCAGAAGAAUGUCUACGUUUGGAUAGGAAAAAUAGACGCAGUGGAAACGGCAGAGGAGAAGGUAGACCUCUACAACAGGUGCUUAAAACAUUUCGAAGACGCCGACUACCAUGGUCGACUCAGCGACGUGUACAUCAGUUACGCUUAUUUCCACUACAACCGUGAGGAGUACGACAAAGCAGUCAACGUAUUUAAUAGAGCUGUCCGGGAGCAUAAUUUCAAAACGUUAAAUGAGAUUUCCAGUGUGUACUGUUCCUGGAUAGAGGUAGAGUUACUUGAGGGUAAUUUUAAGCAGGCCCUGCGCAUAGCCAGGUUGGCUAUCGAUCUGAGUAACGGCGGGGAGGGACCAAGGAGGAGCAGUAUGAACAACUACACAGGGGCAAACAUAUACGAAGAAAGGGACUCCCUCAUUGGAAGAAACAGACCGAUCAUGCGAGACAACCAUUUGGGAAGUCUCAAUCAGAACUUCAACCUCUUAAAUAACGUAAAGUUAGCUUGCCUCAUCCUUGAUCUGGAAAUAAAUUAUGGCACGAUCGAAACGUCGAUAAAUCUCUUCGAUAUGCUAUACCACAAGAAGAACAUCACUGUUAGGAUGGUCCUCUCUUUUGCCAACUACCUCUAUGAGAAUAAGUACUUUUCUGAAUGUUUUAAAACAUAUGAGAAGGCCCUCUCCAUCUUCCAUUAUCCUUACCUCUACCCGGUGUACGUACACUACAUAAAUAAGUAUGUGGAGCGUUACAAAGAUAAGAAUAUAUCCUAUGUGCGUGAGCUGUACAGACAAGCCAUUUACGGAACAGACGAGAAGACAUUUAUCCCCAAGGAGUUCUCCAAAAUUGUGUUCCUUAUGUAUGCCUCUUUUGAGGAGAACUACGGGUUUCUCAAGAGGUCCCUUUCGAUUUACAAGGAGGCCGUUCCCUUCCUGUCCGAGCCGGACAAAGUCAAGUUCUACAAGGUCUUCAUUUCGAAGGUGUCCAAGUCUUACGGAGUGCACAAGGCAAGGGAGGCCUUCGAAGAGGCCAUCCAGACUCUCAAUGACGACGACGCGCGUGAAAUAUGCCUCUUGUACAUCGACAUGGAGUACAAGCUGAACGAAUACGAUCGCGUCCGAGCCCUUUACAUCUACACGGCGCAGUUUACCAACCCGUCUGUGCAUAUGUCCUUUUAUCAGGACUGGCGAGAAUUCGAAGCGCUGCACGGGAACGAACACACCUUCAGGGACAUGAUAAGGAUCAAGAGGAGCGUCCUCAGCCUGUUCUCAAACUCGCGCAGCGGUAGCAAGCCACUGGGAAUGUUGGAGAACGAUGAUAUGAACGGUCUGGAGAGUACCAAGAGAAAACUGCAGGAAAUGAUUGACAAUGAGGAGGGCGCUCAGAAAAGGGUGAAGGUAGGUUGA